AAAAAAAAAAAAAAAGAAAGAAAGAAAGAAGAAGAAGCAAGAUCGAAAAAACAAAAGAAAAAAAAAAGAAAUUCGAGGAUGCUGCCAAAGAAGAAGGAGUUUCAACAACAGCAACAACAACAGGUAGAGCCUUAUGCUCUCGAAGACAUGAUAUCGGAUUUACAAGCUAGAAGAAGAAGUUCCCUCGAUCAUGAAGAGACCCUACAAGAUCCAAGCGAACUUCUGAGGCAACGUGAAAGGGAUCUUGUUCUUGCUGCUGAACUUGGCAAGGCCUUGCUCGAAAGGAAUCAAGAAUUAACCAGGCAAAGCGAGUUAUUGGCCGACGAAUAUGCCGCGAAACUGGAGGUGAGUCGGAUUAGUCUCGAACAGGAGAGGCAUUUGUUACGUAGGAGAUUGGAGGAAACUAAAGGCGAAAGCGAAGCUAGAGUUAUCGAGCUUCAAACGGAUUUAGAAACAUUGAGAAGUCAGUUGGAGGAACAAAACGAACGUGCAAGAAGGGCGGAACGAGACCAGGCCACAUUGGUUACGGAAUUGACAGCACAGAAUGCAAGAUUGGCCGAUCAGCUGAGGGAGGCUGCAAAACAGGAGGAACAAUUGUUUUUAGAAGUUAAAUUGUUACGUGAGAAGUGUGCGCACAGGAGCAAUACGUUGCAGGACCAUGUCAGCAGUUUGGAGAUCUUACGGGAUGAGGUACAAUUGGUCUCCGCUCAGAGGACGGAAUUAGAGAGGAGGUCCUUGGAAUUACGCGAGGAGAGAGCCAAGGCGGUCGCGGCCCUCGAGGAAGCUGAGGAGAGAGCCGCGGCCUUGGAACGACUUAGACACGAGGCUGAACAUCGAACCAGACUAGCGGAACAAGAGAGAGACGAGUUAGCAGCAGCGUUAGCAGCGAUCGAAGUCGAGAGAAGAGGUAGAUCUGGAUCGAUUCAAAAACCACCAAGGUCACUUCAAGUGGAGAUGGAGUGCGAAGAAAGCGGAAGUUCGUUGGGUGAACAGGAAGACCUAAGAUCGGAAGUUACCAGAGCGGUUAAGCGGUUGAAGGAACUUUGCGUUCAUUUACGUAGGGGAGAAGAUGACUCGGGUUUACAGAGCGACUGCGACGAAUCCAUGCUUGUCAUUGCUAACAAUACAGAAGCUGAGGUGAAUUAUCCUGGAGCUUUGAUGGAAUUGGUAGAAGAAGUUUACAAUUUGGCAUUAUCGGGUCGAGGUGCCCCAGGUGAAUUAGGAUUAGCUGUUGAACUGCAUCGCGUACGAGAGGAAUUGGAUCAGACGAAGGAACAAUUGAAACAAACCCAGGAUGAAUUGAAACGCCGUGGGGAGACUUUGUUGGAUACCACGAGUAAACUCAGCGUUUGCGAGGCUGAACUGAGAGGAGUUAAGGAGGAACGUGACAGAGCUAGAAACGACAUGGAACAUACACAGUUAACGAAGGACGAAGUAUUGGCACAGGCUUAUCAAGUCAGAGAUCAAGCUGUUGCUAGAAAGAACAGAGCCGAAGUCGAAUUGGCCAGAACAAGGAUAGACGUUCUACAAGCAAACAGUCAAUUGAUGGAAGCCAUACAACAAAAGGUUGAACUCAGUCAACAACUCGAACAAUGGCAAAUAGACGUACAGGUUUUGUUGGAUGAACAAGUACGUAGUAAACUGACGCCAACAUCUAACCCAAUCUCUACGAUUAACAAGGAAUCUUCGGAGGUUGUUGCACCUGCUAGAAAAAAGAGGAGUAACAGUUCGUCCAAAAAAAUGUUUGGCUUGUUUUGACGAAGGAGAAAUUGACUAAGUGAAUAAAUUUUCUUUCCACCACCCUAUUCCUCAACAACCCCCUCACCUAACCCUAUCCAUCUAUCAACCCUUACGAACAUCAACGAAGGACUAUUACAUCAUUUUACUUUUAACAGUGUACAAAAGUGGACUACUUAUUGGAUUUAAUUGAUUUUCAUUGAGAUUUUGGGGGUGGACAAAAGUUCUUCUUUUUUCUUUUUGUUUUUGUUUUUGUUUUUUUUUUUUUUUUCAAGACGAACGAUCAUCCGAACGUUUGAAAGAAGAAAAAUGUUUAUGAAAAUUGUUUAAACAAAUUCCAUUGUUUCUUCUUGGAACUAUUGAACAUUAUGGCCGAACGGCUUGAACGAUCUCGAACUUUUUGUGUAUAUAGUUAUAAUCUUUCUUAUUGAUGACGAUCAGAUAGAAGAAUGUAAUUAGAGUAAUUUGUAUAGGACAAAUGAUUAGGAGAAGUGUUAGGCCAAUUGUGUACUUAAUGUUUAUGUUAUUAUUAUUAUUAUUAUUAUUAUUAUUAUUAUUAGUAUUAUUAUUAUCAUUAUUAUUAUUAGUAUUAUUAUUAUUAUUAUCACUAUUAUUAUUAUUAUUAUUAUUAUUAUCAUUAUUAUUAUCAUUAUUAUUAUUAUUAGUAGUAGUAGUAGUAGUAUUAUUAGUAUUAUUAAUGUCCGUCCAAGAUGGAUUAGUGAAGUGAAUCAACGAAUUUUUUCCAAGUGAAAAUUUGAAGGACAAUAGACAAUUAGCGUGCAAUAAAAAUGAUUUGAUAAGACUAAUCAAAGUUUGCUAAUUAAUAUUAGAUCCAUAACAGAGUGUGUAUCAUAAUGUGUAAUACAUUAUCGGAUUGAUUACUAUCAGAAAUAUUUAUUUAAUAAAAUCGUGCUGUGUUGCGAAUUUUUCUGUUU